AUGGAGGCGUUGCUGGCGGCGCACCAGCCACGCCGGGACGAGCGCCGCGUAUGGGUCACCCUUACGUUUGCGCAGUCGAGCGACGGCAAGAUUGCCGGGCCUGGAAAGACGCCCCUGCGGCUCAGUGGUGCGGACAGCAUGGUCAUGACGCAUCGUCUUCGUGCUCUGCACGAGGGCAUCCUCGUCGGCAUCGGCACCGUGCUCGUCGACAAUCCGCGCCUGGACGUGCGCCUCGAUGCGUACCACGGCCCAUCGCCGCGUCCGAUCGUGCUGGAUCGACAUCUCCGCAUGCCCGUGACGUGCCGUCUCCUCCAGCGCGAUCCGCCCGCCCGCCCGCUCGUGCUGUGUGCCGAGCCGACGGCCUCUCGCGACGCCUGGGAGGCGAGACGACGAGCGCUCGAAGCGGCGGGCGCGCACGUCCGCGCAGUCGAUGUCGACGGCCCCCAUCUCGCGUGGCCCUCCAUCCUAUCCAUCCUGGCGCAGGAGCGCAUCCGAUCCGUCAUGAUCGAGGGCGGCGCCUCCGUCAUCAACAGCGUGCUCUCUUCGCACGCCGUCGUGCACAAGGUCGUGGUCACUGUCUCGCCCAGCCAUGUCGGCGAGGCAGGCUAUGGGUAUGCUGCAUCGGCGCUGUGGAAUGCUCCGCAGCUGCACCAGGUCGCCACGCUCAGGCUGGGACCCGAUACCAUUGUGGUGUGGGACACCACAGCCUAA